CUUUAAUCAGCUGAUUUGUUUAUUAUUUGUUUUGCUUUUAUUAUUCCAUAUUUCAACCGGUCUUUGACAGCGGCGUGCUCAUCAUUGUUUUAUAAUCACUUUUUAUAAAGUUUAUUACUAUCUAUAAACCAACAAAUCUCUAUAAUAAAGCCAUGCUGCGUAGAUUUACACGACUUGCAACGCCAACAUUAUUCAAUACUCUUCGUAUUCGUUGUUUUGCUUCUGCGGAACCUGGCAAUGAAGUGUUGGUAGAACGACUGGAUGGCGAACGCAAGGGUAUUACAGUAAUUAGUCUCAACAGACCGCAGGCGAAAAACUCUUUCAGCCGUAGUUUGGUGGAAACCUUCGAACAUGUCAUAGAUGAGCUGGAACAUGACAAUGGAUCUAGAUGUGUGAUCUUACGCAGCUCAUCGCCUGGCAUAUUCUGUGCUGGUGCUGAUCUCAAAGAACGAAAAACAAUGUCUCCAGAUGACGCUAGCGCAUUUGUCACAAGUUUACGUGAAUUGCUAAUCGCACUGGAACAGUUGCCAAUGCCAUCAAUUGCUGCACUAGAUGGCCAUGCAAUCGGUGGUGGAUUAGAAAUGGCUUUGGCGUGUGACAUGCGUACAGCUGCAGAGAAUACGAAACUGGGUUUGGUGGAAACACGUUUAGCAAUUAUACCUGGUGCUGGUGGUACCCAACGUUUGCCACGCAUACUUUCACCCGCGUUAGCCAAAGAACUAAUUUUCACUUCACGUGUACUCAACGGUAAGGAGGCCAAAGAUUUUGGUAUUGUCAAUCAUGUUGUGCCACAAAAUGAAACCGGGGAUGCUGCGUAUCAGAGAGCCUUAGAAAUUGCCGAGGAAAUAUUGCCAAAUGGUCCGGUGGGUGUGCGAAUGGCAAAAUUGGCAAUUGAUAAGGGCAUACAAGUUGAUCUAAACACUGGCUAUUCCAUCGAGGAAAUUUGCUAUUCUCAGGUUGUUCCAACCAAAGAUCGCUUGGAGGGUCUGCAAGCGUUUGCGGAAAAACGUAAACCAGUCUAUAAGGGAGAGUAAAGCAUACAAUUGUAUUAUAAUAGAAAAUUAUUAUUUGCAAAACAAACACAUAUAAUUAUAUGUGAAUGCGCUCUUUAUAAUUGUCAAACAAAUAAAAAAGUAGUUUAUAAAACGGUUUUUUUUUAAUGUUUUAUCUCUUAACUCUAUCAUUUUCUCUAUUUGAAUACUAGUUUAUUAAUUUGUUGUUGGCUUAUUUAUGUGAAGAAUGUAGUGUGGAAUUGUUGAACGCGCUGGUUUAAUUCAUAGUAAAUGCAUUUAUUUUUAUUUUCCUUUUAAAUCCAUAUAAUUUUCCCAGAAAAUUGUUAACUAUAAAUAUUAUAUUAUAAUAAACCAUUAAACGUUUUCUAAUAAAUUCGA